UAAAAAUCCGGCGGCGUCACCAUUUUCAGUGGCCACUCCAACUUUGCAGCGUCCCAAUAGAAGCAGAGCAGAUCAGCAUCAUCUACAUACCACAUCUCUCCCUCUCUCUCUCUCUGUAAUAUACAUAUAUAUAUAUAUAGAUAUAUAUAGGUAGACAUAGGGCUAUGGCGGCGGGGGUAUUGAAGGCGGCAAGUGCAUUCGCAAUGACGCCGCACAAGGUGUCAGUAUGCAUACUGGUGCAGAUAUACGCACCUCCGGCUCAGAUAUCGGUGCCAUUCCCUUUCUCAUCCGUCUCUCAGCACAACCGCCUCGGUUUGUUCUUGUUGGCUCUCACAAAGUCUUCUGAGGACAUUUUAGAGCCAAAACUAUAUGAACUUAUUGCUCAAUUGAGGGAAAUUGGUGGUCCACUGAAUGAUUGGUUGAGCGAUCAUUUAACUAGUAGGCUAUCGUCGUUAUCAUCACCUGAUGACUUAUUUAACUUUUUCAGUGAUACACGAGGCAUUCUUGGAGGCCCUGAUUCAAGUGUUGUGGAUGAUGACCAGACCAUUUUGGAUCCCAAUAGCAACCUUGGAAUAUUUCUUCGUCGUUGCUUACUUGCCUUCAAUCUUUUGUCAUUCGAGGGUGUCUGUCAUCUUUUGACAAAUAUAGGAACAUAUUGUAAAGAAGCCCUCUCAAGUUGUUCUACUUAUGAGUCACCUUGCUUGGAUGAUUCUAGUAAUGAUCUGCAAGGCUUAUUAGAAUAUGAAAACAUGGAUUUGGAGAAUUUUGUUUAUGAGAAAGUUACUGAAGAAAUUGAAGAAAGAAAAAGGGCCAGUGAAAGAGUUCCGUUUCAUAAUCAUGCUCCACAAGCACUUCUUCAUUUGGUUGAAGAUUUCGAGGUUCCUGCUGGUCCAAAACUCAAACAUAAUGAUAUACCUACAGAAGUUAGUCCAUUUCCAAAUGAUGCAUUGAGAGGUGCUGAUCCCCCAGGUGCGGUUUUCUUACGUACAAACUUGCAAUUACAAGGAUACUUGCUUGAGCAAGCUGAUGCUAUUGAAAAGCAUGGAAACUCUUUUCCUUUAAAUGCCUUUGAAUCUAUUUUAAAACAGAUUCAGAAGCUGGCCCCAGAACUACAUCGUGUUCACUUUUUGCGUUACUUGAAUAGCCUUUAUCAUGAUGAUUAUCCUGCUGCUUUGGAAAAUCUUCAUCGUUAUUUUGAUUACAGUGCAGGGACUGAAGGAUUUGAUUUUGUUCCUCCAUCAUCUGGCGGCAAUAGCUUUGGAAGAUAUGAAAUUGCUUUAUUGUGUUUGGGAAUGAUGCAUUUUCACUUUGGGCAUCCUAGGCAAGCUUUGGAGGUUUUAACUGAAGCUGUUCGGGUUUCCCAACAGCACUGUGAUGAUACCUGCCUUGCGUACACAUUAGCAGCUAUGUGUAACAUGUUGUCUGAAGUAGGUAUCUCAGGCACAUCUGGAAUUCUUGGAACAUCAUACUACCUGUGACCUGUGAGGACUUCAUUGUCGCAUUCAGCACAAUUGUUUGUGCUAUUGAGAAGGUCCCUAAAUAGAGCAGAAAGUUUAAAGUUAAAAAGGCUGGUGGCUUCCAAUCAUAUUGCUAUGGCUAAAUUUGAUUUAACGCAUGUUCAAAGACCUUUGCUCUCUUUUGGUCCCAAAGCCUCUAUGAAGCUUAGAACAUACCCAGCUAAUGUUUGCAAGGAACUGAGGCUUAGUUCUCAUUUGAUUAGUGACUUUAGCACUGAAAAUUCUUCACUAAUAACUGAUGGUGCUUUUAGUACUGCAUGGCUGAAGAAUUUUCAGAAGCCAAUGGGUUCCUUGGUUUUCUCCCAAGAGAAUGGAUCUGGAAGCAAGUAUGAUGCUUUUCAUUUCUGUGCACAGCCAAAUUCUAUUCCUGGGUCAGUACUGCAAUUAUUAGGUUCUUCAUACUUAGUUCGAGCAAUUGCAUGGGAGAUAUACGGCAGUGCCCCUCUUGGUAGAAUAAAUGCACUGGUUUAUGCAACUUGCUUCGCUGACUCAUCAAGUUCAGCUGACACUGCAUUAGCAUAUGCCAAGCUUGUCCAACAUCUAGCAGCUUUUAAAGGGUACAAAGAUGCUUUUGCUGCUCUUAAAAUUGCGGAAGAGAAGUUUUUAUCCGUCUCAAAGUCUCGAAUCUUGCUACUAAGACUGCAGUUGCUCCAUGAGCAUGCUUUACAUCGGGGACAUUUGAAACUAGCUCAACAACUAUGUGACGAGCUUGGAGUUUUGGCAUCUUCAGUAACUGGCGUGGACAUGGAGCUGAAGAAAGAAGCAAGCUUUCGCCAUGCCCGGACAUUGCUUGCUGCAAACCAGUUUAGCCAGGCAGCAGCCGUUGCACACUCCCUCUUCUGCAUGUGCUACAAAUUUGGUAUGCAGGUUGAAAAUGCGAGCGUUCUUUUAUUGCUUGCUGAGAUCCACAAGAGAUCAGGCAAUGCUGUUCUUGGAAUUCCCUAUGCUUUGGCAAGUCUCUCAUUUUGCCAGUCAUUUAACUUGGAUCUUCUCAAAGCCUCAGCUACUCUCACGUUGGCUGAACUGUGGCUCUCACUUGGAUCAGACCACGCAAAACGGGCUUCAACCCUUAUGCAUUGUGCUCUUCCAAUAAUUCUUGGUCAUGGAGGUUUGGAGCUUCGUGCUCGAGCCUUUAUUGCUGAAGCAAAAUGCUACUUAUCAGACCCAAGCUUUUCAGUUUUUGAAGAUGCAGAGGUGGUGCUCGAUCCCUUGAGGCAAGCUGCUGAAGAGCUUCAAUAUUUAGAGUAUCAUGAGCUGGCGGCGGAAGCUUUCUAUUUGAUGGCUAUAGUACAUGACAAGCUAGGGCAGCAACAGCAAGGGGAAGAAGCUGCAACUUCAUUCAAGAAACACAUGGUUGCACUUGAAAAUCCCCAACACUCUCUCUUCACGUGUAUCUUGUAAAGAAAACCCUCACAUGUGCAGUCAAGUAAUUUUUCUCUCUAUCUCUCUCUUAUUAUUAUUAUUUUGUAAAGAUAGUAUAUGUUGAGCAGAUUAGGUUCACAAUGUACUUUAUAUCCUUGGAAUGUGCAUAAAAGCUUUGGUGCUUUUGCAGACAGCUUUGUUUGGUGUAGUUUUUUGAAGCUACCCAUAGAUUUUAUAUAUUUAUUUAUUUUUAAUUUUUGAGAA